AUGCUUAUACCGUACGUAGAGCAGAUACAUUUGGGGGUGUUCAUUCCAAACAGAAAGCUGCACACACAGCCAAUGAAGCAACUAGAGAAGUAUUUGAAGGGAAAGGGGUAUACACUUUAUUACUUUGAGGAUGCAUACAGAGAAGAAAUAUCUGUGGACAAUUGGCCGUAUGUAGAUGUAAUAAUUACGUUCUUUUCAGAGGGAAUAGACUUUUUAAAGGUCAGAAAAUAUGCAAAUAUACACAAGCCAAUUGAGAUAAAUAAGAUAGAUGAGCAGUUCUUGCUCUUAGACAGAAGAAUAGUCAUGGCGGUUCUAGACCAGAUAGGUGUUCCAACAGCUGAAAGACUAGUUUACAAUGGAAGAGUGAAGGAAAAAGAGAUAAACGCAGAAAACAAAGAAAAAAAGAAGAAAGAAGAAGAGUCUAAGGGAGUAUCAGCAAGAAAGAAAGGGGCACAGAAGAAAUCACGGCAGUAUGAAGGAAUAGUAAGCACAUCAAGCAUACUUGACAAAAUAGUAAAGGAUGGGGUGUUUGAUGCAGCAUCUGAGGCAGGCAAGGAGGAAGAGUUAAAGAAAAGCUCUGUCGAGCAAGAUUCUGUUGAAAAGGCAUAUCCAAAGUAUAAGAAAGAUGUAGAGGUGGAGAUUGAUAGAAUUAUAAAAACCCAGCUAAGUCUAUUUAAUAUAAAGAGAAAUGAGCUGUUUAAGCCAUCUGAGAAGAGAGUAUGCGAAGGCGAUAAAUUAUGGAUAGGAGACAAAAGCAUAAACAAACCAUAUAUUGAAAAGCCUGCGUAUAGUGAGGACCAUAAUAUACAUGUAUACUACAGUAAGUACUGCAAGGGAAGAGAACAGGGAAUAUGCAGGCUGUUUCGUAAGAUAGGAUCAAAAAGCAGUAAUUACGAUAAGAAUCCAAGUAAAAUAUCUUAUAGAGAGGAUGGCAGCUAUAUUUAUGAGAAGUUAAUCGAAGUAAAGAAUUAUCUUGAUAUAAAAGUGUAUGUUAUGGGAAAGACUGUAUAUGCAGAGACAAGAAAGUGCCCUGAGAGAGAUGGAAUAGUUAUUAGAACAAAGUCUGGUAAGGAGGAAAGAAAAGAAAUAAAACUAACAAAGAAUGAAAUUCGUGCAGUACAAAAGACGAGUAAGUCAUUUGGGCAGUUUAUAUGUGGAAUGGAUAUUCUCCGAGCCGCCAAUGGCGGGUUUAUACUAGUAGAUGUCAAUGGGUGGUCAUUUGUAAAGUCAAAUCUGCAAUAUUAUACCCAAAAGAAUCUGAAAUAUCUGGAUAAAAAGAUUAAGAAGGAGGUGUUAAAAAAGCGGGCAAAGUCCGGGGAUAGUACAAGAAGAAAGGACGUGUCUCUCUAUAAGGAAAUAAUACAGAUAAUUCACAGAGACGCAGAAAAGCAGCCAGUAGAAAAAAACAAAAGAAAGGAGUAUGGCGCAGAUGCAGAAACUGAGAAAAAUCAAGAAAGCAAAAAAAUGACAGAAUGUAUUGAAAUAAAGGGCAUACAUACUGUAUACCGGCACGCAAGAAGAACUCCAAAGCUGAAAAAACGGCUGGUCUUUGUUUCUGAAUACUUAAUAGAGUACAUCUCCAGAACAUGCAAUAUGGCAGGGCGAGAUACCUCCAAAGUCAAAGAAAUACAGGAGAUACUGGAGAGGGAGGAAAAGGAGAAGAUUCAGUUCAGAACAAAGGAAAACCUUGCAUCACUUGAGUCUCUUAAGAAGAUUGCAGAGAUAAAUUCGGGUGUGCGUGUAAAAAUACUAAAAGAAGAAAAGAGUGUUCGGCUGGUUUUAAAAUGGGGCGGUCUACUAACAAACAGGGCAAAAAAGGAAAUAGAGUAUGAAGCAAUGGAAUACGAGUCAUUUUUAUCAACUGUGCAGGGCGAUUCAUUCUCCACAUAUGAUUUAUACUCCCCUACUAAACCCACUUCUUCUUUAAAGACAGCAAGAAAGAUUAGACUAUUUGCCAAUCCAGAGGAUAGAACACAGAAAACCGCUGAGGUGUUUAAAUCUGUACUUGAGUGGGCAGGAAGGUGCAAUACUCCAGUUAAAGAGAAGUACUUUAGUAUUCUGCGAGAGACAGAGCCUACUCCAGAUAAAAUAUGCCCAGAGUUGACAUCAGCAUAUAUGGCACUGAAAGAGUCUCUCCUUGUUAAGAACAAGUCUAGCGAUGCACUAAAAGAAGAGCGGUCGUUAGACAAUGAAACUGCACAUAAGUGUAAUGAUGGAUCUGCAGACACCGAUACACUGUGCAUGAACAGGCUUAGCAUAAAAAAAGAGCAUGGCUCUCCUGCUCCUACAAGUAGUUUAUGUGACUGUCUCGCAAGUCUGUCCUGCGAGUGCCGAGAAACCUACUUCCUUAAGAGAUGGUGCUUUGUCUUUGAAGAGUAUCCAACACUCACGCAUAAGAAUGCAAAAACUGUCAUUCCUCUUCUGAUAGAUCUCAUCAAGUACGACAUACUUUCCAGCCAGUAUGAAAAAGCCAUUCCCCCAAUUUUCCAGUAUUUCCAGAAUAUUGAAAAGCUCUACCAACUUUUUAAUACGCAUGCAUGCUUUUUAUACAGGAACAGGAUUGACAUAUUUUUCAGAAAAAACAAAAUGUUAGAUAUAAUUAAGUAUCUUUACAGUAGGUUUGACUCACACUCAGACACAAUUUACUUCACAAAGAAGUUCACUAUUCUGCUGCUUCUUCAAUAUAUUCUAAGCAUAAAGGAGACAGUUUACAUCAAUACAGAGCUAAAGAAGGAAAUAGAAAACAAAAUGCAUGGAAUAGGAUUUUUAAGUUCAAUUGUCAUGGUACAUCUGUCGUGCAAGGAUAUAGAAUAUGUUCUAGUAAGAUACAGCCAUGGCAUACACAUAGACAACAAAAUAUUGAAAAGAGGUGUAAUUCGCAGGAAUGAUGAAGAACCAGAGCAGAUACUAAGAACAGACCGGCAUAAGAUACUUUGCAUAGUCAGAAAAAGUGUUUUGUUUAAGAAUUACGAAAAAAGUCAAAAUGAAUGAUUUUUCUAUGGCUAUAUACACUAAAAGAACAAAUUCCGUCUAAAUUAUGGUAUGACCAGAA